AUUGACCGGGGGGUUCUCCCUCCGACGACGAGAAUGAAUUGAAAGGGGGAGAAAAAAAAAAACCAAAAGAAAAAAAGAGAAUAAAAUGACUGCCAUCCCGCUCGUCGGUGUGCAUCACGGCGCCAGAGACUUUUUGUUGGAUGGCAACUUGCGGUCAGUCACUCGUUCCUGACCCUAGUACACCACCAAAUCGACAACCGUCACCAUGGUUGUCUGGUCGCCUCUUCUGUCUCUCGUGAGCUUGACGCUCUCGGUGGUCCUGGGCACUGCUGUCGCCCAGGAUCCGGCCCAGGGUGCGGCCUUGCCUGCUCCGACUCCUCUUGUCGAGGAUAUCCCCAAUGCCUAUAUUGUGGAGUUCGCCGACGGCUACAGCAUCGAGUCCCUCGUCGCCGAUCUUAGGAUCAAUGCGAUCGACACGGUGAAGCGCAAGGAUCUCAAGUACAAGCUUUUCAAUGGCGCCUCGUUCGAUAUCAAAGGCAACACCAAAGAAGAGGUCGAGAGGGCUGUCGAGAGGAUUUCCGGCCAUUCCAAGGUCAAGAAGAUCUGGCCUGUCCGCAAGGUCAUGCUUCCAGAUGACAAGGUCACCUCGAUAGGUUUCGGGUCUGCAGGUCCUUUCAAUGUGCUGCAAAAUGGAGCUCUCAUGAAGCGCCAGUCCGAGACCAACAACACUUACAACCUGCACAUGCAGACCCAGGUCGCCAAGUUGCACGCCGAGGGCUUCACCGGCAAGGGAAUGAAGAUCGCCCUGAUCGACAGCGGCAUCGACUAUACGCACCCUCUCCUGGGCGGCUGCUUUGGUAAGGGCUGCAAGGUCUCGUUCGGCUACGAUCUCGUUGGCGACGACAUGUCACAGCCCGGCAAGUUUCCCGACGAUGACCCGAUGGACUGCGCCGGCCACGGCACUCACGUGGCUGGCAUCGUGGGCGCGAAUCCCAGCGAGCUUGGCUUUGUAGGCGUAGCACCCGACGCGGAGCUGGGCGCCUAUAAAGCGCUCAACUGUAUCGGCUACAGCACCAACGAGAUGCUCAUCUCGGCUUUCAACAUGGCUUACGAGGCUGGGGCCGACAUUAUCAGCUCGUCCACCGGUAUCGAGGGCGGCUGGGCCGAUGAUGCCUGGUCUUCUGCUGUUUCUCGCAUUGUCGAUGCCGGAGUUCCUGUUGUCAUUGCCGCCGGAAACUCGGGCGAGCAAGGCCUCUGGCGACCCAGCAGCCCAUCGGCCGGUCGUGGUGUCACUUCUGUUGCCUCGGUGGACAACACCGAAUUUACUUUCCUGUUUCUAGCCGGCACGUACAAGCUCGAUGAUGGAGAGCCGGCCAAGUUCCCGUGGAUCGCCAAUGAGCCCGCACUCGGCAACCUCAGCCUGCCUCUACGCCUCCUCACAAACACGUCAGGGGCACUAUUGGAUGCUUGCCAGCCUCUUGCAGAAGGCGUUACUCUGUCUGACAAUGCUCUUUAUCUCGUUGCUGAGACUGGUACCUGCAGACACCAAACUCAGAUCGACAAUAUGGCUGACAAGGGUGCCAAGAACGUCAUGAUUUACGCGCGGACUGAUCGGCCUGUAAAGCAAUCGUACCUGCAAGGUCCCAAGGCCAACGCGGGUGUAACGACCCAGACUCAGGGGAAGGCUUGGGUCAACGCACUACAAGCUGGAUCAAACAUCACCGUUAACACCCUGGAACCGGUUCACUCUCCCGGUCUAGCAGAGCAUACCCCAAACACAGCCACAGGAGGUUAUACAUCUUAUUGGAGCUCUUGGGGUCCGGACUGGGAGCUAUUCGCAACCCCCAACGUGGCAGCCCCAGGCGGCGAGAUUGUGUCUACCUACCCCCUCGCCCUCGGCAGCUAUGCAGUCGCAUCAGGAACUUCAAUGGCGUGCCCGUUCGCCGCCGGAGCUCUGGCUCUCAUCGCACAAAAGAGAAAGGUCAAGGAUUCAGGGGAGCUCCGGUCGUUACUUGCAAGCACCUCAAAGCAGCUCGUGCACCACGACGGCCAGAGAGCAGACCCGGAGAACCGUCUUCACUCGGUCCUUCAGGGCGGCCCCGGUCUGCUCCAGGUUUUUGAUGCGUCAGAGGUUAAGGGUCUUCUCAGCACCGCCUUCAUCUCCUUCAACGACACGGAGCACUACAAGGACGUCACCUUCUCGCUCAAAAACACAGGCAAGAGAGAGGCUACGUACGAGCUGGGUCACCGCCCUGCCGCGACCGUCUACGCCCUCGACAACAAAACCCCUGGUUACCCGCAGACCUUCCCUGUUGAACUUGCCCCAGCUGCCGCCGUAGCAGAGCUCUCCUUCUCCAAGAAAGUCGUCAGAGUCCCCGCCGGCCGUUCAGUCUCCAUCACCGUCAAGGCAAAGCCGCCGACUGCAAACGUCGACCUGUCCCGUCAGCCCUUCUAUAGCGGCUUCAUUACCCUCAACGGCACCAACGGCGACGCCCUCGUGCUGCAGUACCAGGGCCUGGCAGGGCCUGCACUGCGCAAGGCUCCCAUAAUAUCCCAGGGCGUCACCGACCUGGGCAUCCCCAGGUCGUACGUCGCCACCACGACCAACCGCUUCCCGUUCCCGAUCAGCAACGACACGGUCUUCCACAUUCCACGGCCCGUUAUCCCCCCUGCAGCCAACGACGGCAUCGGGUUCCCACAGGCACGCGUCGCCCAUGGACUGGGCACCCGGAAGAUGGAGUUUCGCGUCAUCCCACUUGAGCGUGGCGGUGCCGUUGAGACUGAGGACUGGCACGGCCUCAAGACCCUGCCGACCGAGAUCUAUGGUAUCCCCUACGACCUUAUGCCGCGCGGGUCGUCGUGGCGGACAUUUGUGGGCCUGAUGGCUGACGGCACCACGGCGCCCGAGGGCAAGUACAAGAUCGCUGUGGCUGCGUUGAGGCUAUUUGGUGAAUGGAAUAAGGAGGAAGAUUGGGAUGUCGUAGAGCUCGAGCCCAGCUUCACGAUCCGGUAUACUUGAUCUGGCAGCUAACACGCCUGAUCAUCAAUCCAAAGAAAUUGUUUCCA